AUGUGUGUUGUGCCUGACCGCCCCUCGCUGCCUGGGGAUGAGCCUCGAGCGUUGUGUCUGUAUUCUCCUGCAGACCGUCCCGAUGCUCCUCCUCAUCUUUCGUCCGAACUGCCUGGCUCCGACUCCGAUCGUGCCAGUCCUCGCCCUGCCAUGGCCUCUGCGACCAGCCACUGGGGGACGCUGAUCAACCCGGAUAAAAGCCCGGCACCGCGGUUGGAGCAACUAUGUCUCGGCAUCGCGCAGUUAAUGCCCUCGUUCGACUCGAACCCAACUAGCGAUCUCACGCCAGACCGCCUCGCCGCCUUCUAUCGCAAGGUCGGUGGUAAUUACGAUCCACUCUUCCUCGAGACCAAAUCCCAAGCCCUCUCGUUCAUCUACCAGUCCCUCGGAUGUUUCCACAGUCUGCAACCUUCAAAAAGUCCCUACGAACCCCCCGCGGUACCCUCGCUUUGCCCAAAUGGCUUCGUUCGAUGGCAGACCAUUCAGCUGCUCAUGGACCCGGAUGAGCACUGGCGCUUUCUCAACAACGCGGUGGGAAUGUGGGACAUAGUCGAUGCCAAGGGCGAGACCUUCCCCAAGAGCAUCCCCCGCGAUGCGUUUCCCUCAGAACCAGACCCAGAAAUGCUACAGUGGCAUGAAGGCGUCGCCAAGCGACUGGAAUACGAUUAUGUGAAGAGGAACGCCCAUAGGGCGUCGCCCCCAAAUUUCGGUGCUUAUCACUAUCAUUUCAGUGGAAAGGAUCCGUUGCCUGAUGAGGAGGAUUACUUUUCACAUCCUCCGUCUCGACCAGGACCACGCCGACAUAAGACUCAUUAUGAUUCAGAUCGGCCGAGUCGACGAAAAAGUCACCGGCGGCGUCUGAGCUCGGAUGACCAUCACGCGCCUAGCAGUCGCAGACCGGAAUCAAAAUUCUUUGCCAGGCCAGAUGGCGGUCGUUCUGGCGUCUCGUCUCCACGAGUACAGUCUCCAGGAGCUCCACCUUACACCGAUCGGCCGCCACGCUCUCGAGGUCGAGACCAUCCGGCCUGGUACAGCCAUCCUCUGAGCCCGGGGAGGGACGAAGCACCGUCUCAUUCGCAUCCUCAGUCCCAUUCACACUCCCACACCUACGAUGCCGAAGCGUCGGACCAAUCCCCUCGCAAGGAUAACUCCGACGCCCUUCCCAAACACCGUUCCCGACCCAACAACCUAUCCCCCCCAGCGGAUUCCCGGGGCCGCCGUCAUUCACAUGAUGCAUACAUGCGCAAACCCUACCGCGAUCUCUCGCCCGUAGCGGCCCGACGCUCCCACGGUAGUGGCAGCCACGAGCUACGUUCUUCGCGGUCCAGCAAAUCCCGGCGCGAAGGGCGAUCACGCUCCCGACCCCCACCGCCACCCGACAUUCAAUUCCGCAACCCCGUCUUCGACGGACCCGUACCGGCACCUGCACCAGAGCCCCCGCAGUAUACGGCAAAACCUCCACCGCGAGCCGUGCCUCGUCACCGGUUUAAUCUCGAGCCGGAAGAAAACCGGCGAGGCAGCUACAGCGGCGGCAGCACGGGUGGUAGUCGACCUGGUAGCGGCGGGAGUAGCUCAGAACGGCCGCGCUCAUUCAGCAGUGCUGGACUAUAUCCACGAAAUUCUCGCUGGACGAGUCCCGUUCGAAGUUCUGCCGCUAAGCGCUAUGUGCCGACUACGUUGGCGGAAGAUGCUGCAUAUGACCCGCCAUCGCCGCGCCGAGCGCCGAUGUACGACUGA